AAAGGAAGCUGAAAUCCCACGCUCGUAGCGUUUGUAUCAACGUAAAUGCAGGAAAAUUAGGGCAGAAAGUUUUGGUGGACUUUUGGCUAAACAUUCUAGCAAAGAAAGUAAAACGUAUCCAAAUGGAUAAAACGAACUGUCCGACGUUUGUUGCCCCCGAGUUGUCCAAACUACAGUGGUUAAAUGUGUUCCUCACGGAGCGGCUAACCGCAGCUGCUAUAGAGAUUUUUGGGGCCGUGGAAAAAACGACACUCGAGUAUCAGGAAGAGAUAAUCCGUUUGAGACAGGAGAACAGUUGCCUAUGGCGUAAUAACGCGGUGAUCCAACCAGAGAAGUUGCCAGACCCUCAGCAGCAGCUCACGUUCUCCGUCUCUGAAGAGGUUCUCCUGGACUUGGAGGAGCAGCACCCUGAGCAGAGCCAGAGGUGGAGCUCCAGUCUGGGGAAAGAGGUCCCAGAACCCACACAGAGUCGGACAGAGAAGGAACAGGAUUGCAUGACCAGUCAUGAGGAAGCACAGCUUCAACUACUGGAGUUUGCUAUCAAAUUGACUCCUGUCUAUCAUGUGGAAAAUUACUGUGAUCAAGACCAACCUCGGCCCGUACACCUUGACCAGCCUCAGACUGUGGAGCUUCUGUCUCAGAUCAAACCAGAAGCUAAUGAAGUCAAAUGUAAUACAGACUGCACUUCAUGGGAGAAACUAGAACAAGAUGGGUAUAAAUACCCUAUCACCCAGCCACACACAACAAUUCCACCAGCUCACCAUGGAGUUGACAACCCAGCAGCUACACCAGCUGAGGUAUCAAACAUCCAGAUCUACAGAGCCGUCAUGAAUCUGAGCCAAAUGACAGCUCAGGUGAAAGAUGACUUGAACUGUGUGGUCGGAGGACUGAUAGAAGAAAUAGGAGGUCUGAAAAAAGAAGUCGGUGGGGCUGAAAGAACACGUCGUCUCACUGAGAGACUCUCUGGAAGGUGAUGCUCGUCA